AUGUCGCAAUCGAAUCAGUCACGGCGGCUGCAAAUCAGAACACACACGGGGUGGAUGGAAUGCCGCCAUGACAUCGGCACCUUCGCCCCCGGCUUGCUCUCCAUCUACGAAUCCCUCAAGCCGUCAGAGGAUCACAUGUCCAAGCAGAGCCGGCUCAUCGACUCCCUAACAAAGUCAGUGAGCAAAGAAUGGCCCAACGCCCAGCUGCAUCUCUACGGAUCAUGCGCCAAUUCCUUUGGAACUUCCCACAGCGACGUCGAUGUCUGCCUCGAAAUCGAUAUCGGCACGGGGAGCGAGGUGGAGCUUCUUCUGCGGCUGGCGGAGAUCUUGCGCGGCGAUAAUUUCGACAGUGUGGAGGCGAUUACCAGUGCUAGAGUGCCCAUUGUGAGGAUGUUGGAUGCAGGGAGUGGCUUCUCUUGUGACAUUUGCAUCAACAAUCUGCUUGCUGUCGCCAACACGAAGCUUCUCAAGGAUUAUGCGCAGAUAGAUGGUAGAUUGCUUCAGCUGGCCUCCAUUGUCAAGCACUGGGCCAAACUGAGGGGUGUCAAUGAGACAUACCGCGGAACCCUCUCCAGCUAUGCUCAUCAUGGAUUUGCCCCAUUUGACACUGUGCAUGCAUAUGAUAUGGAUGGUUGUAUUUGGAUGGCUCAUCACCAUCAUUCAAUUAUGGCUAUGGAACCCACAUAUACCAUGGUUGUUGAUGACACUGAAUGCGCUUAUUUCGACGAAGUUCAUCAGCUUCAUGAUUUUGGGGCUGAAAACAAGGAGACCGUCGCGGAAUUACUCUGGGCAUUUUUCCAUUACUGGGCAUUCCAGCAUGAUUACAGGAAAGAUGUCAUCUCCAUCCGUAUGGGAAAGAUAAUCAGCAAGAAGGAGAAGAACUGGACGACUCGCAUUGGAAACGACCGCCAUCUGAUCUGCAUCGAGGACCCUUUCGAGACCGGCCAUGACUUGGGCCGCAUAGUCGACAGGCAGACAAUCAGGAUCAUCAGGGAGGAGUUUGAGAGAGCCGCUGCCAUGCUGCAGCAUGAUGAUGAUCCUUGCUCAACCCUUUUCGAGCCCUACAAUUAUGAAAACUAA